AUGAUCAACACAACAAGAUCGAAGGUCAUGUCGACGGGCGGCAAGAGGGGCCUGACAGGGAGGUCCGUGCAGGACCUGACGGAGAGAGGCGACUCGAAUCACGUGGAAGACGAGAAGGAUCCGUGGGGAAAAGUUAUCCUCUGCUGCUCCUCUCGUCGUCGUGGCCCCGACCAGACCGUGCCUGCGAUGGUGAGGAGCAACCUCGACGGGGAGGGCAGAGGAUCAAACGAUAAAGCUCCAUCUCCGGUCGACCGGCAAGGCAACCCCAACGACACGGCACCGUCUGAACUGCAAAUCAAGCAGAGAAACAAGAAAGAGAGUAAGAAACGAGCAGAGCACAAGAGAUCCGCGAGAGGUAGAGGAACCACCCAAAUACUUGAACCUUCAUAA